AAUUUUACCGUCGGUCUUCCUGAUCAUCAGCAGAACACUUGUCUUCGUCUCUUGUGUUUCCUCUCUCAUCUUUACUCUUCUUCGCACCCCACAAACCCUUAACCCCAAAUUCCCCUCUAUAAGUACGGAAUAAUCUCCCCGUAUCAUAUCCAAUGAGGUUAACCAUACCCUAAUUUCUCGACGAUCCGGCGUAAGACGAUGGUGAAGAGUUGGUGUCGCUUGCACGUCGAUAAUCGUCAGAAGAUCGAAUCUGAUUUGAACCUGGUUAGUUCAUUUGUUAAUGGAACCGAAGAAAGCUGUUGUCUCAUCGGAGGGAGGGAAGCGGAGCCAUGACGAGAAGGUUAAGGUUUUACAGUGGGAAGAUUAUGAACAAGAGCUCGCCCGUCUCUGCAGUCUCACCGCUGCCCUCAAUGAAGCCAAGCAGAAGAAGCAAUUGCUUGACGAAAAACUACAGUCCACCUUACGGCUUGAAGCAGAGUCAUUGAAUUGUUCAAAUGAGCUUGAUGAGAUGAGAGAAAAAUUAGAGCAUCGGAAAUUAGUGAUGGGAAACACAUCAAUGAAUUCAAAGGUCUUGAAAGAGAAGGUCAAGAAGGAAGAGGACCAACUUAGUAAUGAUAUCAGGUCUUUGUUGGUUGCUGGAACUGCUCUUUCUCUUGCUAAGAAGCGAUUGCAGGAUGCUAAUAGAUCACUUGCUGGGGAAAUGGGUUGUGGGCAUUUAAAAUCCUUGCAGAGAUUUGUGAGACUAAGACAACAGUUUAUGGUAUCGCAGGUUCAAUUGCUUUAUCCUGUGAAAGUAACAACAGGACAUGCACCAGAACAAGAACUCGAAUCAUUUACCAGUAUUAUCAAAUCGGGUAAUUAUACUGGACAAAAACCUCUAGAUCAAGGAUCCUUGACAAUUGCUGGCCUGCAUCUUACUGUGAUUCCUUUUACGAAGAAGAGUUUUUUCACUGAUAAGAAGGAGGUUCAGAGGUCUGCAACUGCUCUGGGAUAUGUUGCACAUGCUGUAUCACUCAUUGCUUCCUAUUUACAAGUUCCUCUUCGCUAUCCUUUGCGAUUAGGAGGUUCCAGAUCAUACAUAUGUGAUUAUGCACCUUCAAUUGAACCAUCAUCACUAGAUGUGAUAUCAGAUUCAUUAGUCUCUACAAAUUUGAAGCCCGUGGAAUUUCCUCUCUUUUUAGAAGGGCAAGAUUCAACAAGAGCAGCAUAUGCUGUGUUCCUGCUAAAUAAGGAUCUAGAACAGCUUUUGAAUUAUAUUGGUGCAAGAAGCUUAGGGCCACGCCAUGUACUUGCUAAUUUGAGGGAACUAUUAAGGACUAUUCUUGCUCCUGAGUAUAUAGAUACAUGAUUUGUGAUUGAAUGUUUCAGGUUUGAUUGUAAGCUUUUGUAAAUAUGCUACUUAAUUUUGUGCAAGUGCCAUUUUUGCUGAGAACCACUUGCUGUAGAUCUUUCCCUAAUUCUUACACUGGAAAAAAAACAUGCAAGCUUUUGCUUCAGAGAGACACUACAUAGUUUUUGUCUUCUUUUUUUUUUUUUUUUAAUAAAUUUUAUAUUGCUCCAAA